GGAAGCCACAUGUCUGCAGCAGCUGUAUAAAAGUCAGCCCAGGAAACCUAGGGUGACACUUUUUUGCCAACAAUCAGGCGGCAUGGACCUCACUCUUCUCUGGGCACUUCUGUCACUGGUCUCUGUGGCCUGGGGCCAGUAUGGUGACUACGGGUACCCAUACCAGCAAUACCAUGACUACGGUGAUGAUGGCUGGGUGAAUCUGCACCGGCAGGGCUUCAGCUACCAGUGUCCCCCUGGGCAGGUGGUGAUGGCUGUGAGGAGCAUCUUCAGCAAGAAGGAAGGUUCUGAUAGACAGUGGAACUACGAGUGCAUGCCCACUCCCCAGACCCUCGGGGAGCCCACGGAGUGCUGGUGGGAGGAGAUCAACAGGGCUGGCAUGGAAUGGUACCAGACGUGCUCCAACAAUGGACUGGUGGCGGGCUUCCAGAGCCGAUACUUCGAGUCAGUGCUGGAUCGGGAGUGGCAGUUUUACUGUUGUCGCUACAGCAAGAGAUGCCCAUAUUCCUGCUGGCUGACAACAGAGUAUCCAGGCCAUUACGGUGAGGAAAUAGACAUGGUUUCCUACAGCUAUGAUUACUACAUCCGAGGAGCCACGACCACUUUCUCUGCAGUGGAAAGGGAUCGCCAGUGGAAGUUCAUAAUGUGUCGCAUGACUGAUUACGACUGUGAAUUUGCAAGUGUUUAGAUUGGCCAUCUACUAAAGCUGGGUGAAGGAAAAAGGGCCAAGAGUCCUGGGGGUGUCGCAUAUGUUGACAUCAGUUGGAACUCCUGUAGCUGUCUCUACUGCUUUCCUUUUUUAAACUCUCUGAGCUGGGAACUGCAGUGCCAGCUUCCUGGGCCUUCUUGCAGAGGGUCACAUUUGCAAUUAAAUUGUCCUUUUUCACUUUUAACACAUUCCAUGGCAACUGUCUUACAUGGCUGGGGAUAGCUUCCUUGCCAACCACAUGUACAUACAGUAAGCAAGCUUCCAGCCCACCUCCUGGAGCACAUGCCACAGCCUUGUGACUACUGUUACUGUAAAAUUAGCUUCAAGUUCAGCUUGAUGAACUUAGAUCGAAGGAGAGGCACAGUAUAAGGAGGGGUACAAUGAAGACUCCUUGCAUCUAAGUCUGCUAAAUGACACCCAGGGUCCUCACUAAGAGCAGCCUUAAGCCUAAAGAGGACACACAUCCCCUUCCCCUUCCACGGAGACAUGUGUGUUGCCACAUCCAAGUGCAAAGCUCUGUGCUCCAGAAGGGAAGGAGCUGGCAGGUGAAAGAGGGAGGUAGAAAGCUUUGAGGGCAGAGCUAAAAGACUAGGGUUGGAAGAAUUUCCUCAGUUCAAAGAUGAGUGUUACCAAACCCAAAGAUGCAAAUGGCUGCAGGGCCAGUGCCACCUGUGUGAAUUAGUUUCCAGGAAGGUAAAAGUCAUGGCAGGAGAAAUGUCAGGGAAUGGGGCUCAGAUUGAAACCCUGUGGAGAUGAGAGUGGCCAGGUGGCUUUCAAAAAUGAAAAGUGAGGGUUGAGUCAUCGGCAGCUAGAGGUUAGAGGCCGCCCACAACUCCUAAGUAGGCUGGCAGGUGCCUGGUAGCCAUGGGGUGCUGCUGGCAAUCCGCCUGGACUGGUCCAGGUGGGAAAGGCUGCCCUGAGGAUUCACUGCAGUUUGUGUUAGCCUAGCAAUGUCUUCUGCAGAGGUGGUCCUAGCUUUGUUCCUCCUGUGAUGCUUCUGUCCCCAGCUAUUUGUAUUAUCCCUUCAUUAAAAAAUAAAAAAAAAAAAACAUGAACAUUCACUAUUUCAUAAAUUUCAGGAGUUUUUUUUUUUUUCAUUCUACUGUUCUAAACAUACAACUUAGCACUGUGAUUUGUGCCAAAACAUCAGGAAUGACAAUGGUAGGGUAUGGCCGGGGGAAGGUCCAGUACUAAAACAAAAUUCUGUAUCCUUUUUUUACACAAGGUUGAAUAAAGAAAGGGAGCAUGUCUCUCUGCCUUUGAGUCCAGCCAGAUUUCUUCCUUGGUAUCCUUGAGCUCUCCAUACUCCAAUAUGUCAUGCAAUUGUAGCCACAGUGAGUCCCUAUUUCCUUUAUUCACACUAUUUGCCUUCUCUCUUCUGGUCUGUGUUCCUCUUUUCUCACCCUGUCUGAGAAAGCCCAAGAAAAAAGCCAGCUGAACAGAAACCCAGGGAUGCACUUUGCUAUAGUCUUAGAUGGUCAGAAUGGUGAGCGUAGGUCAAUGGUGACAUUUCUCACUGCCAGAGCUCAGCACCGUGGUGCCAAGAUGCAGCCAACGAUGUCCUUCUUUGUCUUCAUGCUGAAACACAUAUUCCUCUUACAGUUUUACUUUGUUUCUUCCAUUUCAUUGUUUCUGUCUUUCUGGCAAUUUCAAUUUACAAUAAGAAGCUUCCUGGUGUUAUCUUUCACAAAGGGAGCCAUUAAUAUUUUAGCAAUUGCAGCGCUGGUUCGGGAUGAGAAUUAGGAAGUAGCCUCAGCUGCGUGUGGAGAGAGCAGGUGGGAGAGAUGAGCAGUGCUCACUGGCUGGUGUGGUGGCCAUGAUGGAAACAGAAGGCUGGGGACUUUCAGGGAGUAUGGCAUGGAGACGCCACACAUCAGUGGACAUCAGAUGUCUGCAGAGAACACAAGCCAACAAAAAAGUGGCCAGGCAACCCAAUAAGAGAGCCUUUGCCAGAUGGAGUAAAUGGAGUUUUUACAAAGAGAGAAACUAUUCCUUGUGUACAAGCCAAGCACAAUGACAGGAAAGACAUUAUCAAUUUGGUUUGAAUAUGAAUAAUUUAUGUUUUAUAUUAUAUGUCAGAGAGCAAGAGUAUAUUAUAUGUCAGAGAGCUAAGUAUCAGAGGGAAGACUAACUUCCAAAUGUAUUACACAUUGCUGUCCUCAGUGUAGUUGCUUAGUUCACAAGUAUCAUUAAAUUCAUGCACCUACAAUA